AUGCUAGUAAUCAACGUAUCGUAUCUACUCAUAGCCACCGGGGUAGUGUACCUGGGAUUACUGGUAGUAGGCGGCGGGUCGGAGGCGCGGACGGAGUGGGACACGGGGAACAUCGACGCGGUGGAUCAGGACAUGUUUCGCCGAGCCAUGGAGCAGCCCACGCAGACGGAUCUCGCCGCCGUGCAGCCCAAGAUCGCGUUCCUCUUUCUCGUCAGAGGGCCGCUUCCGCUCGAGCGAGUCUGGCAAAGAUUCUUCCAGGGCCACGAGGGGCGCUACUCCAUCUACAUCCACGCGUCCACCGCCGACUACGAGUGCGACAAGCACGUCAACUCCUCCGUCUUCCGCGGCCGCCAAAUACCCAGCGUUCCUGUAAGUCCGCCCCAGCUCUCGGCUAUUCCGCAGGCCCCUCUCUUCGCCGGAGUUCGUCUGCCAGGCGUCCCCACUUCAGUUUCUCCGACCACUUCCUCAGCGUUUCUCGCUUCCAGUAGUGCUCGCGGUGGCGCGUCGUCAUCGAACCACUUCACGCAUCACAUGGGGCGGUCCCAACCUCAUCCGCGCGGAGCGCCGGCUGCUCGCCGCGGCGCUUGCGGAUCCCGCCAACCAGCGCUUCGUGCUGCUGUCGGAGUCGUGAGUGCGGGAAAGGGGUGGAGAUUGAAGGGGGUGGAGAUGUGCGCCUUGCGGGGGAGGGUGGGGAGGGAGUCGUGGCGAAGUUCUUGCGGGUUGAAAUUUAUUGCGCGCUCUCGUAGCACGUGUCACCAAGCACACCUCCUCAAUGCUUCCCUCCUCGCCUCCCUCCCCCUUCCCGCCGCCCCCUGUUUGUUCUCGCCUACCUCCCCACCCGCCUCGCCGCUGCCCAUCGCCGCGGUGCGCGCAGCUGUCUGCCGCUGUUCAACUUCACGCACGUCUUCGACUACCUCAUGGCGUCCGACAAGAGCUUCGUUACAAGUUGAGGCGCUGGGGGGCACAGUUAAGGCGCUGGGGGGCACAGUUGAGGCGCUGGGGGGCACAGUUGAGGCGCUGGGGGGCACAGGCAAGGUGGUGGAGGACAGCAAGUUCUACGAGACCUUCGUCAAAACCAACGCUGAGGUGCGCCCAUCUGCCCCCAUGUGCCUCCCAAAUGUUCCCCACUCCCACGUUGCAUCAUCACCCAUUUCGCCUUUGAGCCUCGCCCUUCCCUCCACCCAGACUAGCUUGCUUGCUUACACUCGCAUUCUUCCUGCCCUCAAUCUCUCCAUGCGUGUCUUGCCUGUGUGCUGCUUGCAGAUUCCCGACGAGAGCUACAUUCAAACCAUCCUUGCUGUAAGCACAUAA